AGCACGCCCCGUGCCGGUAGAACGAAGGACGAUGACGCCGCCUCGCUGAAGGCUUUAAUGCGCGUCGCGUCGCAUCGCGCGUCAAUCGCAUUCCGUCAUGUUUUCUACGAUCGCGUCACACGACCUAAUCGUCGCGACGAAGUUUCCACCAGGGUGUCAUUCGGAUUUCCCGUAACUGAAAACGGAUGUGAUCAACUCGCGGAGACCACGCUCAGAGGAGUGCUCCGAAGAACGGAAUGACGCUUAGCGACGAAACGGACCGGAUCCCGAAUAAUCGCUGAUCAUUCCGCGCAACACGCUAAUCGUUCGCAGCUGUCAUCCGCGCAUACAAGUUUCCACGCAUCUGCUGCAAUCAGGUCCUGAGAAGGAGCUGAACAAGUUCCAGAUCGCAUAUCUCGGGCUGUUCGACCAAUCGUGUUUGUACCGCGCGAUAGGUGUCGCGUAUUAAAACGUUAAUCCGUGCUGUACUACCGGUUAUACGUACAAAUUAGUCCUCAUCCCUCCGGUCUGUCUUACCCACUCUAUUUCUUGCCAGCUAUCUGUCUUUCUUUCUCUCUCUCUCUUUUUCUUUCUGUCUUUCUCUUUCUUUAUCUUUCACGAUUCUUCCCCCUCCCCCCCCCUCGCGAUCCUCACCUCCUACGGCGACUACUUUCGCCGGAGCGCACUCGAUCCUCUUCUCCCUUUUCUUGUUCUCUUUCCGAUCACUCCGCCGUCCCUUGCUGCCUCUUCCUCCCCCGCCGCCGUCGUCUCUAUUGCCCUUAUUGCUUGAGAGACCAAGAUCGCGAGGUUUGCUCGCGUUUUGCGAACGCGCGUGCCAAUCGAGAGAUGAACGGGCGGCGCGAUGAGUCCGAUCCUACCGGUGGCGAGACGCUCGCGAGACGCUCGCGAGACAACGACGACGAUAACGACGACGACGACGACGACGACAACGACGACGACGACGACGACGAUAUUACAUCGCGCGAUUGAAUUCUCCAUUCUAACGUCCGUUCCGUUCGGCACGAGACGCUUCUACUCUGACGAGGUAUCUUUGUAUCGUGAGACGUCUUCCUCUCACACGAAAUGUCGAUUGUAUUUCGCGAAUUUUCUCAUUUCCUCCCUAUGUUCGUUCUGCAUCGGCGCGAGGAGAAUGACAUGCAGCGAUGGACUCCGACAUGAUGUUUCUACGAACGCGGGCGUUGUUGACAUAUCGUGAUAACGGAGAGAACUGCAACGGAAGGUAUGUCGGCGAACAGAUCGGGAACGCUGUUUCCCGUGAUCUCGGACUUCGUUUCGCGAAAUUGCUGUUGUGAUCGUCAGUUGUUAUAAAUACGCUUGUGGAGAAUUUGAUUUGUAAGAAGUGAAGCUUUCUUCAAUCUCCGAGGAGACAAACCACUGGAUUUAUUGGUUUAACUUAAUCCUUGAUUCCUACCUUUGUGGGUUGGAAAAACAUUCUGGAGAACAAAAGAAGAAGAAGAAGAAGAAGAAGAACAGAUUGGCAAGUCUUUGUGGCGAUUGACAAGAAUGCAUUCGGAGAAAAGCUGAAGUGAUAGACCACGACGUCUUGGCGACCGAUUAGUGUCUAUUGAUCAGUUAAAUUGACGUGAAGGAAAAAGUAUUGAUGAGAGAUAAAGUGAAGUAUAUCUCAUUAAAGCUUCGCCAAGAAGACUCCGAAUAUAUCGCCACGAAAAUAUCGCUCGUGACGGACAAACGCCUCUUUGACGAGCCAUUAUUUCUAGGAAAGCCGGAAAGUCAGGCUCCAGACGCAAUCAAGAGCGUAUACCAUGGGAGGCAUUUAAUACGUUUAUACCCGGCAGAAGGGUUCUACGUGGGAGCAAAAAGCCCAGUGUGUCUCGAGUGCCCCGAAGCGUCGUCUUAUUAGCUUUUGCGAGAGAACGGGCGGCGGUGGUCGCGAAAAGGGACAUAAUAUACCGUAGGGGGGGGGGGGGGGAAGGAAGGAAAGAGGACCCCGCCGGCGUUCCCUAGAUUAGAAGGUCUCGGCCACGGCGAUUAUUACCGUCGGACUGGGGUUACGCCGUAAAGCACACGGUGGAAGAAACCGCCGGUGGAAAUCGAUCUUAACGACCACCUCGUCCUCGUCGGUCGUCGGUCCGGAUGUGGUUGUCGCUGCUCGUCCAUUGCGUUUGCCGCCAUUCGUCGCGUAAGAAGCAUGUCGAGCUUGGCACGGAGAAGACGCACUGCGGUGCUCGGUUCGAAGCGAUGGUGGCAAGGCGGUUGCUGGGCCACCAGGAGCCACCAGGAAGCGUACUUGCGCAAGCUCUACGGCAGGAAGAACAAUCAAGAUGCCAGGAAUAGUGGUAGCCAAAACGACGAGGACGUCGCAGCGCGUACCGCCGGUAUAGAUGCACCUUGGGCGACGCCCGGUGUUUAUGAUCUUCCAACCAUUACCGACUCGGAGCAUCACUACCUGGAUGCAUUUUUGAGAAAUCGCGAAGACGGCGCGAACGGCAACAACGACGAUGUCGACGAUGUUGUCGCUGUGGUGGUUGGGUGUCCGGCGUUGGCGACGUCGCGCGCGAGUCCGACGGAGAAGUGCGUGGAGUUCCUGAAGGGCGCUCAUCACGACGACGGAAUCAAUUUCGGUCGCCGUGCCGCGGUAGACACGGAAUGCGGCCGCGUAGCCGAUUGCGGUUCGAUGCAUUCGAGUUACGAUGCGGCCGCUGGUUGUCCCGAGAAAGUGUGCAGGAGCUGCAGGUGCCCGCGAGAGGAACACCAGCGGUCUUCGACGGAGGCGGGCGGUCCUUCGGGACUCGGUCUGGGUCCAGGUCCGCCGAUGGCGAUGGCCAUGGCCUUUCCGAGCGGCGCCGAGGGCGCGCCUCACCAGGAGCCGUUCAAGAGCCCGGUGCAAGCUGCGCCGGCCGGUCUGGCGCUGCAGGAGGCUCUGAUGCAGCAUCACCAGAGGCACUCGCAAAGCGACGACGACAGUGGUUGUGCGCUCGAGGAGUACACGUGGGUGCCACCCGGACUGAGGCCCGACCAGGUGCAUCUGUACUUCAGCGCGCUGCCGGAGGACAAGAUCCCGUACGCGGGUAGCGCCGGCGAGCGGGAGCGGGUGAAGCAAUUGCUGCAACAGCUACCGCCGCACGACAAUGAGGCGCGUUACUGCAGCGGCCUGACCGAGGAGGAGAAGCGCGAGCUGCGGGUGUUUGCGGCUCAGCGGAAACGCGAGGCUCUCGGUCGCGGGCACGCGAGUCAGCUUGAACGGCCGCAUGGGGCCGGAUGCCGCGAGUGCGGCCGCGCGAUUGCGGCCGGCGAGAUGGCCGUCGCGGCAAGCCGCGCGGGCCCGGCUGCUCUCUGGCACCCCGCCUGCUUCGUCUGCUGCGUGUGUCGUCAGCUGCUAGUGGAUCUAAUCUACUUCUGGCGGGACGGCAGGCUCUACUGCGGCCGUCACCACGCCGAGACUCUCAAACCCCGCUGUUGCGCUUGCGACGAGAUCAUCCUCGCUGAUGAAUGCACCGAAGCCGAGGGUAGAGCGUGGCAUAUGCGCCACUUCGCUUGUCUCGAGUGCGACCGGCAGCUCGGUGGCCAGCGGUAUGUGAUGCGGGAAGGCCGGCCGUACUGUCUCAGGUGCUUCGACGCUUCCUUCGCUGAGUACUGUGACAGCUGCGGCGAGCCGAUCGGCGUCGACCAGGGCCAAAUGUCACACGAGGGUCAGCACUGGCACGCGACCGAGGCUUGCUUCUGCUGCGCCACUUGCCGCACUUCUCUCCUGGGCCGGCCGUUCUUGCCGCGACGUGGUGCCAUUUACUGCAGCAUAGCGUGCAGCAAAGGGGAACCGCCGACGACACCAAGUGACUCUUCCGCCGGGCCGCCCCCGCCCCCGUUGUCCUUCCUCAGGAGUGGUAGGAGGCAGACGAUAGCCACGAGCGAGGGUUCGUCGAGUCCACCUCCACCGCCUCCACCUCCGCUUCCUCCAAGUUCGAGGCAUACCCUCGGAUCUCCUAGGAACUCGCCUCGAAUGACCAGAAGACAUCAACAAAUUUCCGCAUCCUUGGCAACAACGCCUACCCAGAAUACCCAGAAUGCUCUGAGCCCUGAGUUUGGCGCGGAAGGACUUCCUUCCAGUGGUUCCAGACCCAGUGGUCUCGAUAGGGUACUUUUGGAGCGAAAUCUUGAGAGACUGUUACAGGAACGCGGCUCUCAUCCUGACGAAAACUGUAGUGAGUUGGGAAGACUGAUGCAAGCGCGGGAUCGGGAGCCUUUGAGAUGCAUCCAGAAUUGCACACCUACUCACGCAUCAAGCAUGCCGGAACUGCCACCACCUCCGCGGCCAUCGUCGGGAGCAUCAGCAUCAAUGUCAACAUCGACCGCUGGCGCAGCGUCCGCCGGCGUAUUGUCGCAAGAGCCGGCGACGUCACUGACCAAUCCCGGGAUUGGAGUCAGUCAGACGGAUCCGCCGACGCCGACGUCGAGACGCGUGCGAUUCCAAGGGGAUCUAGAUGUCAACGAUCACAGCAUGACGUCGCGUAUCCCUCUUUCGCCAACAAACGACCGAAAUUCGUCAUCGUCGCCCUCGCCCACGUCGCUGUCAAGAGCAAACGUGUCUCGAUCAAGGAGUCUGCAACCCGAGGAGGUUGCUAGCACGUCUUGGGGAACGGCAGGCACGUCUAGGUCAAGAAUGGACGACGAGGAUGACGACGCCGAGAGUUGUUGCUCGACGUGCAGCUCAUCCAGCAGCUCGGACGAGGCCGCGGCUUACGCACUACCACCACGACGGGCCUACGGCGGCGUCCGGAUUUCUUACGUGCCAAACGACGCGGUAGCGUGUGCGCGGAAACGCGCGCCCGCUUCCUCGUCGUCAUCGAAUCAAGCUCAGAAGGACACCGAAAAAUGCGUCAUAUCUUGAUAACUCCUUCGGUACUCCACGAGUUUUUAUAAUACCUCGUCGUUAUGAUAAUUAGAAGGACCUACAAAAGACGUUCGAGAAAGAGUUCCUACAAAGUGGACGCACUUUUCGAUAUCUUUUAAAGCGUCGUUGACGCCUGCAGCAUCGCAGCACGUCUUACACGCACGCCAAACAUAUGUGUGUGUGGACGUGUACGACAAAUUGAAAAUAAUACUCAUUUCAUUUCUGUAAAUAUAGUGAGCUCUCUUCCGGGGCACGCGAUCGUCAGCGCGCCGCCACAAUCCAACGAUCGCGUCCCCUUUAUUUUUAAUACCCUAUUAAUGUAUUUGAUAAUAAUAACGAUGACAAUGAUAAUAACCUUGUGUGUUUUGUUGUCAUUGACACUUUAC